GCGGCACGUGGGAUCUUCCUGGACCAGAACUCGAACCCGUGUCCCCUACAUUGGCAGGCGGACUCCCAACCACUGCACCACCAGGGAAGCCCUUCUUCUUUUAAAACGUAACCUUCAUGAGAAAUGGGGGCUUGUCUGCCACAUAAUGGGCACUCGGUAAUAAUUAAUGGACGGAUUAAUAUCCUCAAAAUGCCGUGUGCGGCAUAGAUGUAGGCUGGGGCUUCAACAUUGCCUAUUGCUGCAAAGUGCUCUGGAAGUCUUAAUUUUUUGUAACGUAAAAAUGUUUUGUCAGCUCUAUGCCCUGAUGAUGUUAUUUAACGGUUGAUUUACAGUGAUUCUUGUUGCCUUUUAAACAUGUGGAAAUGGAUGACAAUGAAAGCUGCUUGGAGUCUGAUCAUCGUGACUGUGGUGGUAUUUAAUGCCCAGCACAAAUAAGAACCUGAAUGGGUAAAAAAGCAGAGUAUUUUAAAGGAGUCAGCGUUCCUUUACUUUGGUGAAACGGAGCUGAAGUUAUACACAGUCCUCGUCGACUUUGCAACCUGCCCCUGAUGGUAUGGUUUGGGGAGGACACAUCGUGCCUGAGGUAUUGCAAGAUCCAGAAUUACGGAGAGACAGAAAGACUCAGGAUCAAUGCCAGAUUCUCUUUCGGCAGGCGAGUUUCUCAAGGGAAGUACUGCGCUGCAUGAUAUUGUACCAGUGUGGUGUACAUGGUGGCAGAAAUUAUUCUUCAAAAAGCUAGUUCUUAUUUUAGACCGAGAGAUUCAAAGCGGAGAGGCUGUCGCCUGGACUGACUCCCGGCAGUUUGGAAACGUCAGUUUCCCACGCCCCUUUGUAUUCUGCCGGAAAAGGCGAAGCCCACCACAGUGGUCUGCCGAGUUCCGGCUUUUGUCCUUUUCGGUUCCCCAUUGGCUGGGGCCGCCGAGGCCCCGCCUCCUUCCGAGGCCGUCUGGAGCCUUCAGCGAGACGGCGGGGCUUUGUGACGCAGGCGUGACGUCCCCCAGAGGUAUAAAAGACACUGCCAGGUGCGCGGCUUUUUCCAGGAGCCACCCGCAAGGGGGCAAGGAGGAAGCUAUUCACAGUGUAGCCGGAAAGGAGAAGGUGGGGCGAGUCUGGAGAAAAGGCCCCCGGCCCUGCGGCAGUUAGGCCCUCGCAGUGGAGGGGUUGGUGGACGGUUCACGUGUCGGGAAAGGUGGCGGCCCCCGGAGUGGGAGGUCGGCGGGUGCCCACACCGGCCAGUGAGGCAACCGCCGGCCAACGCGCGUGUGGCGGACUCGGGGGGUACGGGGUCUGGGUCGGCGGGUCCGCCGCCACCACCGCUGAACUAGCCGGUGUGGAAUCUGGACGCCCGCUCUCCCAGGUCUUUCUGCCCCUUCCACCAAGCCAGCCAAACGGCAAAACAAGCACAGACCCCAGCGUAGGUGUUUAGGAAGUGAGUGGUGGGUGCCGUUGACGUUUUCUGUGGCCCCGAAGCCCCUAUUCUCGCAUCUUCAGCCAGAGGCACCGUUUUCCUGCUCAGGCGCUAACCCCUAGUUGAGAUUACAGACAUCCCACCAGAAUGAUUUCUGCAAGGCCCAGACUUGUCGUACCUUAUGGCCUCAAGACUCUGCUUGAGGGAGUUAGCAGAGCCAUACUCAAGACCAAUCCACCAAACAUCACCCAGUUUGCAGCAGUUUAUUUCAAAGAACUUAUUAUGUUUAGAGAAGGAAAUAAUUCUCUGGAUGUGAAAGAUCUUGUUAAACAAUUUCAUCAGAUAAAAGGGGAGAAGUGGUCAGAAGGAAUGGCACAAGAGAAGAAACCAGAAUGUGUGAAAGAGCCAGAAAGAACAUCUACAGUUUCCCAAGAACCUAAAUGGAUGGAAAAAUCUACGGAUACAGAGGAGGACAACAUAACUGCACCACAGCUUAGCAACAAAACCACGCAGUUCCCGUCAGUUCAUGCUGAGCUGCUCUCAGAGCCUGAGGGCGCCCCUGAAGUAGCUCGUGCUCCUUCGAAACCGACCGCCCCUGAGAAUGCCACCCCGGCCUCACCGCCGUCGCCAGCAGCUGUCUCACCCGAGCUGGCCUAUGUCCCUGCAGACCCAGCUCAGUUUGCUGCUCAGAUGUUAGGUAAUGUUUCCUCGGUUCAUUCACAUCACUCUGAAAUUUUAAUGGUGGACGUGGCAACAAGUAUGCCCGUUUUUCCCGAGGAGAUGCUGAGCUCAGAGGCUGCUGAAGAUGAUGUGGUGGCCACUCCUGUGCAUUCUGGAGAGAUGGCAGCAGUGCAGGUUCUGAGCGAGACAUCUGUCCAUGUAGAUUUGGGUUCUAAACCUAAACACCAUAAGGCUGAACCACCAAUGGCUUCCUCAUUCCCCUUGCAGGAUGAACAAGAACCUCCUGCUCACAGUCAAGCUCCUCAGGUCCCUUUGCAGGCUGCUAUUGAGGUGCCAUCCACCACGCACAUAGCAUCUAUCUAUAAAGAUGAGCCUGUGAUCGAAGGAGUUACUAAUGUUGAGCAAAUACUGGAACAAACAGUUAUCCCCUUUUCUGAUCAUGUUGCUUGUCUUAAAGGAAAUGAGCAGUCACCACCCCUUAGUCCCAUACUUGUAGUAGGCAAGACAGCCUCACACGUGUCUGAAAAAUCUGUGGGUUCUGCAAACUUUGUGCAGUUGGAGAGUGCAAAAUAUGACUCCUCAGUACAUGUGGAGGCAGACGGCUCUGCCACAACAGUGAGCUCUGAAAUAUCUGUGCACCUUGAAGUGGACAUCUUUGCGCUGGCCCCUGGCAGUGCUGGGCAGGAGGACUCAUGGGAAAACCGUGCGUCCCAGGAGACGGAGGUCAAACCCGCGCUCUCAGGGGAAGCUGCACAAGUAGUGCGCUCAGGUGCGUCCGUAAGAUCAUCUAGUGGCCCCCAACCUCCUGUUCCAGGUCUUAAUGAACCAGAAAUCGAACCAGAAUGGGAAGUAGCACCUAAACAAGGUUUGACGGAGCCAGCAAUAGCAGCAAGCGAAGCAGGACAACCACCACCAUAUUCUAACAUGUGGACCCUUUAUUGUCUAACUGAUAUGAGUCAACAAAGUCGCCCAUCACCACCACCUGCACCUGGGUCUUUCCCCCAAGCAACCCUCUAUUUACCUAAUUCUAAGGAUCCACAGUUUCUGCAGCAUCCACCAAAAGUUACUUCUCCAACUUACGGGAUGAUGGACAGUAAGAAGACCAGUGCCCCGCCUUUUAUUUUAGUGGGCUCAAAUGUUCAGGAAGCACAGGAUUGGAAGCCUGUUCCUGGACACGCUGUUUCCCAGUCAGAUGCCUUGAAGAGAUACGCUGCAGUGCAAGUACCCAUUGCUGUUCCUGCAGAUCAGAAAUUCCAGAAACACACCCCCAAUCCCCAGAAUGCUAAUCCUCCUACAAGUGGACAAGAUGUCCCCAGACCACAAAGUCCAGUUUUUCUUUCUGUCGCUUUCCCGGUAGAAGAUGUAGCCAAAAAACGUUCAGGAUUUGGUGACAAAUGUCCUCCCUUUGGAAGUUACGGUAUUGCUGGAGAAAUAACUGUGACUACUGCCAAUGUUCGCAGAGCAGAAACUUGAAACUGGCAGGUGCCGAAGAUGACACUGUUUGAGCUGACCUUCAAGGUGGAGUCUGCCACCAAGCGUAAUAUAUCAAUAAACUUCAUGCAAGCACAAAACCUCCUCGCCUUGCUUAUUUUAUAAUUUAGGCAGUGUACAAACAUCUGAACACAACAGGUCCUAAAUAUUUUCAGACUUGUGAUAUGACACAAUAGCAUUUUCCAAUGCUCAUAUACAUUGUAAAAAAAAACUUUCCACUAUCAAGGUAUUCCACUUGAUAAUUCUGUAUUUGGCAUUCACACCAAGUGAAGACAGUGGUACCUUGCUCUAAUAAAUACUGUAUUUACCCAGAGAACAGUGAGUGCUAACUGCCUACUUAGCACGUGAGCCCGGGGGUGAGCUCUGGCCCUGGGGACGGUGGCAGCACAAGGACUUAACUUUCUUGUAAGGACACCUGACAAUUUGGCAUCCUAUUAAGUGCAGCAUUAGAAUAUUUCAAAGUUUAAAAGAGACCACACUGUUUUGAACAUUCUAAAGCCUUUAUUUAGCAUCAGGUAGAUUAUUUCAUUAUAACACUUGUUAACUUCACGACAGCCAUU